GUGGAAGAUCAAACCUGACUGUCGGAGGCCGCUCAGUCCCUCCCAUCACCUCUGGAGUGACAGCAGAAGAAGAAGCUGUCAGUGAGUCUGAGCUUUCUCUCCUCUCUCUCUCACACAAACACAUACACGGACGGACGCAAAGCAAAGACGGACAGAAUGACCCUGCCGCCUCUCAUCUGGACGCUGAUACUCAUGUGGAUGCCAGUUCCGUCACAGGCCCAGGGACAAGACCCACCCCACGUCCUCUAUCCUGAGAUUCUCUCUUCGGUGUCCAUCGAGUGCGACGGCAGCAAAAAUUCAGACUCCGUCUACUGGUUCCACACAUCGACCCAUCAAAGAAGAGUCCAGUUUCUGGUUAAAUCUAACAACGCCAACCGAGGGUCCUAUGGAGAUAAGGUCGACAAGAGUCGCUACAAGAUCAACAAGAGAGGAAGCGCCUUCACGCUGCGGAUCAUCAACGUGACGGAAGACGACGCUGGAGUCUACUCGUGCGUCCUGAAAGACCUGCAGAAUGAGGAGGUCUGGAGGCCUGGAGGAACUCUGCUGCGGCCUGGAGUGGAUCCUCCGGUUCCAACCACUUUGCCCAAACCCAAACCAGAGGUGAAAAAAGACAAGUGCAAGUGUGAGCAACCAAAGUCGCCUGGCGGCUGUUCGUCACUGAUUCUCAACGUGCUGGUCGCACUCCUGUCGGUUCUGACUCUAGCCAUUAUCGGCACUCUCUACUACUUCAGCCGGCUGCCCAAGAAAUGCAGGCACCACUUUGUCAAGAAGAAGUUCGGGAGCUGAGCGCCUCCAGGUCUCGUGAUGUUCCGCUUGUCGUGCUUCAAACUGACGUGCAAAUCUUUGGACACAACAGGAGCUCAGAGUCGAGACGGGGAGCUGCUCCAGAGCUUUUGUGUAGAUGAAUGUUGUUAACAAGAUUCUCAAGUACAAGUAAAAAUUGUCGAUGUGCAUGUGUCAAUAAAGUUGUG